AUGAUGUUUACCAAGCCUACCGAAUUUUCCUUCGCGAAUAUGGACGAGGACUCUGCAAAAAAAGCUCUGUCUGUCAUAGCAUCCUUCUUUUAUAUUCAGGAAGGCGGAGUGCAGUGGUUAAACGAUAAUCUCAGCCAAUUUGGUUGCACAGCUGAUGGUUUAGUUAACGAAGCUUUAAUUGAUCCGGAGCUAACACAACAUCGAAUCUGCCAAGAUCUCCAUCACGCAUAUCGUCUUCAUAUCAAUCCAAAUGACGAAGAUGCUGCUGCAUACGAGACACCAGCCCCUGCGACUGGAGGUAAAGGCAAGAGUGUGCACCCAUUUCCUAAGCCCUUUGCUUAUGCAGCAAUACACCCCCAAGUCCUUGUAGAGCAAGCGCUCAAUGCUCGACUUGCAAAAUUUGACGAAGUGCCUAUCGAAGAACAAUCCUUUGGAGAGGCUGCCGAGCUGGAAGCUUCUCAGCAAGAAUCUCCUGUUACCGAUCAACUUCUCAUUCAGCUUGAGUACGAGUCUUCAGAUGCCGACUACUCUGAAUACCAAUCCGAGCCAGAGGACUUUGUUAGAGGCACCUCCAAUAUUUCCGAUAUCGAUGAUUUAGACGAUGAAGAUUAUUUCGAGAAGUCACUUACCAACUUCUAUAGACUAACCUACGACCAACAGCUCGCCCUUACCAUCGAAGCCUCUCUGAAAGAGCACUCAUCACAGAAGUAUAACGGCGAAUCUUCUGGUACCAACAAUCAACUUACACCACCAUCUUCUCAGCAAAAGACAACUGCACCAGUAAACUACUCUGGUGGAAAAUCUAUCUUAUGUCCAGGUCAAUCACCCAGUGGAAAACACAUCUUGCCCGCAUCACCAGAUACUACUUCGUGUCCAUCUUCCCUUAAUAGAAAGCGAGAACACGAUGCUGACGAGUCUCAUGAUGAUGAAUGUUAUAUCAAGUCUCCUCGUCGGCCGACUAAGAAGCGCACGAAGUCUAACACCAAAUCCUCUCUUCAUACACCAGCUUCUUCGUCUACCUCAGUCACUGCAUCUGGCUCCUCCCCUUCAUCAAGUUCACGCAAAGCAUCCUCCAAACCUCGCAAAACACCUCAAUCUUCUCGCAGAAGUCGUCCCUCCAGUAAACCCCGUCGCUCCGCCUGGACUGAUGACGAAACAUUCAAGCUCUACGAAUGUCUUGUCAAACGUCGAGAAAUCGAAGCUAAGCGCCCCGAUAUUAUUAAGCUCUAUGAUGCUCCUCUCUGGAAGCAUAUCUCGGAAGAACUUGCUUCUACCCAUGGCAUUCAUCGAGCACCUGGUGGUUGCAAAUCUAAUUGGAAUCGAAAUGGACGAGAGUUUUAUGACUUUGACGAACGAUCGAUUUUGAAACGCUCGAAGUCUUUGGCUACUAGUGUUCAGGUUCCAAAGAAGGACAGAAAGCGAAAGAAGCCUGUUGCUGUUGCUGUUGCUGUUGAUGAGGUUGAUGAUGAUGUAUAG